AUGCCAGAGAAAGAAAAGGGUAAGUGGUGCACUGAUCUCAUCAGGACUGAAGAGAAAGAUAAAUGGGUUCAUUCUGGAAGAUCCUCUCUGUUUGAUGACACAAGAGCAGCAGUUUUCUCUGUGACCUUCAGAGAUCUGAGUGAACGGGAUUCUGGGACGUACCAGUGUGGAGUUGAUAGAACUACAGCAAAAGAUUCCUACACUGAAGUGAAGAUGAACGUUAGAAAAGAGAGAGAUGAACUCCAAACAACAGCAUCUUCUUUCUCAUCAGUUAAACCUCCACUGAUCACACCUCCAUCUCCUGUAACAGGCUCUUCUCUGAUCAUCAGUGUGUCUGUGCUUCUGCUUCUGAUCAUCAGUGUGAUUCUGUUCGUGAUCGUGACUUUCUGGAGGAGGCGUCAGUCACACAACGCUGAUUCCUCAUCCAAAAGAUCUCACUCGACACCAGCAAACAGUGCAGCGGUUUCCCACGCUGGCUGCGAUUACAAGGAGAUUAAAGACGCCCACAAACAAUUACCCACAAACCCCUCUGAUUCUUCUGAACCCACUGGUGACUCUCAGAUAUCUGCUGCGGAUAUGAAUUACGCCGUGGUGAAUUUCCACAAGAAAGCGGACUGUCCUGACAGAGUCAGUUUGAGGAAUAAUCAGGAUUGCAGUGAAUACGCUGCUGUCAAUCAUCUCACUGUCUGACGAGCCACAGCAGAGAAUGUGUGUAAUAAAUUAAUUUAAAGAUAUGGAUCAUUCACAAUGUACAAAACUAACAUUGAGCACCAAAUGAGACACGGACAGUGUAAACAUUUUAUAUUUAGCAUAUGCAGACUGAUUGUAAUGUCAGAGGAUUCUGGUUCCUCUUAAGGUUAAGACAUUAACAGACGAAUUUCUCUAAAGCUGCUUUGAAUCAGCAUUGAUUGCAUUACACAC